UGCAAGAAAAUUAGUGAGGGUGGACCUGGAAAUGGAUUUACUCAAAAGUCAAUACAUUCAUAAUAUUCCUUCAGAGAGCACAUCGUACUUCAUCCCUCUGCUCUAUGGCAUUCAUCAUCUCCCAAUUUUUCUCUCAAAGUCCGUCACUGCUACAUUCUCAAACAAUGCUGCUGCCCUUAAUUUUCCUUAUUCUAGCAAACCUCUCAGCCUUUGUCCAAUCCCAAUCUGUCUGCCUGAACAACGGCAAUUACACGAGUAACAGCACAUACAAGGCAAAUCUCGACACUGUCCUCUCCUCUCUGCCCACAAACGUCCAUAGAAACGGUUUCUACAAUGCUUCCUUUGGGCAGAAUCCGGAUAGAGCCAAUGCCAUCGUGCUCUGCCGAGGAGAUAUUCAGCUGGAUACGUGUCGUGGAUGUGUCCGAGAUGCUGCUGCAGCGCUUUUAGCAUCAUGUCCGAAUCAAAAACAGGCGGUCAACUGGCAGGAACGCUGCACGUUGCGAUACUCAAACGAAACGUUAGUUGGAAUUCUGGCGACUAUGCCGGGAUAUUAUUGGUGGAAUCCAGAGAACGCUACGAGUGUCGACCAGUUCAAGGAGGACUUAAGCACUCUGCUAGACGAUCUACGGGGACAGGCGGUUUAUGGUGGUUCUUUGAGGAAGGUGGCGGCCGGGAACAUAACUGGCCCUGAUUUUCAGAGAAUUUUCGCACUAGUACAGUGCAGCCCGGAUUUGUCUCCGGAGGAUUGCAGUAGUUGCUUGAUUGGUGCUGCUGCAGAUAUACCGAAGUGUUGUGACAGGAAGAGGGGGGGUAGAGUGCUCAGGCCCAGCUGCACUCUUCGUUUUGAGAUUUAUCCCUUCUACAAUGGAACUAGGCUUGAGGAACUAGUGCCUCGGCCUGAGCCACCGGUCUGGCCGCCCCCAGAAGAGCAUGGUGGUAAUACAGCAAGGACGGUUAAGGAUGACGGUAAUAGUAAUACAACUCGAACUGUUAUUAUUAUUACCGUUUCAGUUGCUGCCGGUGUGAUACUAGUUGUUUCUGUUGGGAUAUUCUUAAUAAAGAGAAUCAAACAGAAACCAAAGGAUAGUGAUCAUAUUGAGAGUGAAGUUGUGGACGACAUUAGCACUCCUGAGUCUUUGCAAUUUGCCUUCAGCACAAUCAGAGAUGCAACAAACAACUUCUCAGAUAAUAACAAGUUAGGACAAGGUGGAUUCGGGACCGUUUAUAAGGGAAAAUUUCUGAACGGUCAAGAAAUAGCAGUGAAAAGAUUAUCCAAGAAUUCCGGUCAGGGCGACCUGGAAUUUAAGAAUGAGGUCCUGUUACUUGCCAGGCUUCAACACAGGAAUUUGGUUAAGCUUUUGGGCUUCUCUCUACAAGGAGAAGAGAAGCUUCUUGUAUAUGAGUUUGUUCAGAAUGCAAGCCUUGAUCUCUUUAUAUUUGACCCAAUCAACCAUUCAUAUUUGGACUGGGAAAGACGGCACAAGAUCAUCGGUGGUAUUGCCAGGGGAAUUCUUUACUUGCACGAAGACUCUCGACUUAGGAUCAUUCACCGUGAUCUCAAAGCUAGUAACGUACUUUUAGACGGAAAUAUGAAUCCGAAAAUUGCAGAUUUUGGCAUGGCAAGGUUAUGUGGGCACGAUGAAACUCAAGGAAAUACUAACAGGAUUGUUGGAACCUAUGGAUACAUGGCACCAGAAUAUGCAAUACACGGGCAGUUUUCUGUUAAGUCGGAUGUUUUCAGCUUCGGUGUACUGGUCCUGGAAAUUAUCAGUGGCCAAAAAAAUAAUUGUUUUCGAAGCGGGGAGAAUGUAGAGGACCUCUUGAGCUUUGCGUGGAAAAAUUGGCGCGAAGGAACGGCUGCAAAUGUGGUGGAUCCAGUCUUGAGGUCGGGCGCUGGUUCCAUGACUGAGAUGUUGAGGUGCAUUCACAUCGGUUUGCUCUGCGUUCAAGAGAACGCAUCCGAUAGGCCGACAAUGGCUUCUGUUGUUCUUAUGCUCAGUAGUUUCUCUUUAACUCUGGGAGUACCUUCCGAGCCUGCAUUUUAUGUACCCAGUGGCUAUGGCUCAGAUGUUCCACACUUUCAGGAGUACAAUUCAAUUCAAUCUGAUCAUUCAUCCAGAAAUGAUGCAUCGAUCACUGAUUUACAUCCACGAUGAUUUUUCAAAAUCUAAAUUGAUGUGAUGUAUCUAUUUCCAGAUCGGCCGAUCAAAUGUUGAACCAUUUGCUAAUGUAGAAAAAAUCAAGGUGUGACCAAAACCUGUCCAUUCAUAUACUCAUAUAUUUAAGCCACACUAUAAUUAAUGAAUGUAUUAUUCUGAUUUG